AUGUUCACAAAGUACUUGCAAGAUGUUUUCAAAGUUCCUCUCGUAAUACAGCUGACUGAUGAUGAGAAAUUCAUGUGGAAGAAUUUGUCCGUGGAGGAGACCCGGAGACUCGCGCACGAAAACGCAAAGGAUAUAAUAGCUUGUGGGUUCGAUAUAUCAAGGACAUUUAUAUUCUCUAAUUUCUACUAUGUUGGAGUUCCAUUCUACGAGAAUAUGGUGAUGAUUGGGAAACAUGUCCCUUACAAGAAAGUGGUUGGCAUUUUUGGUUUCACCGGGGAAGAUCACAUCGGGAAAGUUUCUUUCCCACCGGUUCAGGCGGCUCCGUCUUUUCCAACUUCAUUCCCGCAUCUUUUCCCUGGUGGAUUAAACCCUCGCUGUUUCAUUGCUUGCGCAAUUUACCAGGAUCCUUAUUUCCGGAUGACACGAGAUGUUGCUCCUCAGUUAGGAUAUAACAAACCAUCUUUUAUUGAAUCUAUAUUUUUCCCUGCCCUUCAGGGUGAAGGUGGGAAAAUGGGUUCCAGUGACCCGAACUCGGCGAUUUUUGUCUUGGAUACUGCAAAGGAGAUAAAGGAUAAGAUAAACAAGUUUUCAUUCUCUGGUGGAAAAGAUACUAUUGAGAAUCAACGCAAGUAUGGAGCUGACUUGGAGGUGGAUAUUCCCGUCAAGUAUUUUGGCUUUUUCCUGGAUGAUGAUGAUGAACUUGAACAUAUUAGAACGGAAUAUAAAGCUGAGCGAAUGCUAACAGGGGAAGUUAAGCAGCGACUCAUCCAUGUACUUACUGAAGUUGUUGAACGGCAUCGUAAAGCUCGUGCCGCAGUGACUGAUAAGAUGGUAGAUGCGUUUAUGGCUGUUAGACCAUUGCCGAAUAUGUUCAGCUAA